GGGAGAGAGAGAGAGAGAGAGAGAGAGAGAGAUAGAGGGUGAUGAGAGUUCCUAGUACAGGCGUGGAUGAAAGAGUUCCUUGUACAGGCGUGUUAGAUGUGUAGUUUUGUUCCCUGUGCUGUGCUCGCCGCUUUCCUUCUACAAGUAGUGGACGGACCAGAGCAUAACACUGAAGGAAAGGAAGACUAUCAAACGAUAAAAAGCGGGAGGUCACAAGAAGAAGAAGAUCAUCUGGAAGAAGCUUUAAACCUGUUGCUCCAAUUGAGAGGCCACAGUAUUAUCAAAUCGCCGCCGUGGGAGUCAGAGGGGAGGAAACAAACGCAGUAACUCGACAGGAUGGCGGAAGAGGGCGACUUUAACCUCACCCUGACGGAGGCGCUGGCGGGGGGGAUUGAGGAAGCGUUCAACUCCACCUUAGAUGACUGGGCGGAUCCUGCCAACUCCACAUUUUGGAGGUCGAUCUUCUCCUGCGACGCUUGGAUUUCCCCUCAGCACUUGCUCUUCCAGCUGGCCAAUGGUUGCUUCUUCGUGAGCUACUUGGCGCCAUCCCAGAGCAAGGGUCUCCUCUUCAUGCACUGCGUCCUCAUUCUAGGUUUUCUGUUGUACUCAACGUGGGCCUGGAACGUUAUUUGUGCCCCUGAUGUUUUCUCCUGGAACUUCAUCUUUAUGCUGCUGAAUAUGGGGCAGACGCUGUACAUCAUUUACCAGAUGCGCCCCGUCAAGCUGAACAAGGAGUUGGAAGCACUUUAUGAGGCCUUGUUUCAGCCUCUCAACGUGCCACGGCUUCUCUUCAAGAGGCUGGUGUCGGUGGAGUAUGCACAGGUCAUGUCACUGCACGCUGGGGAGGCCUAUGCCAUGCAGAACCUCACGAGGACUGACCGAUUAGGUCUACUGCUCUCUGGGAAGGUGAACGUAAUGGCGGACAACCAGUUCCUUCACUCCAUCACCAACAUGCAGUUCAUUGACUCUCCAGAAUUUGAAUCCUCGAGAGCGUCGCUGGAGGAUAAAUUUAAGGUAUCGAUCAUUGCCGCCACUUCAUGCAGGUACGUGUUCUGGCACCGCACGAGUCUUGAGUACCUGUUCGUGAAGGAGUCGUACCUGGCGGCCGUGCUGUCCACCUUGAUAGCACGAGACAUCACCACCAAGCUGUACCACAUGAACCAGAAGAUCGUUACUGAGAAGGGAUCACAUCUCGACAUCCGCCUCCCCUCCCUCACCUCCUCCCUCUCCUCCUCGUGUGGCGGGGAAGGAUCGCUUCGUUCGCCUGCUAAGUUUUCCAUCAGGUCUGGGGGCGGCGGGGGGUCUCGGGGGCGGCCACGGAGGGAGCGGGAGCAGCACUGGAGGCGUGGGUUGCGGUCUGGCGUCGUCCUUGGCUGGCGUGGCUGGUAUGGGGAUCUCCACUAAGCACUCGAGACUCGGCUACACCAUUCUGCCCACGUCUGCACCGCGGUACGAGGGCCGGGAGAGACUGGACCUGGCGUAUAGAGAAGGCGGAAGAGGCACGUACAGAGAGAAUGGGUAUGUGCCGAAUGGAAGGCCUGAAAUGACGCCCCCUUACAGAGCUCCCCUCCACUGAUUCCCUCGCUGACGCUACCCAUGACAUACACACUUGGCUAGAAGACUCCUCAAGAUAUACGCAGAGGGAGUGAUGUUUGUUUCUCCUCGCUGCUUGCCUAUGUGUGAUACUCUUGUCCUUAUGUUGGUAUUUAAAUUAUGUCUAUGGGUUUUGGGUGGGUUGAAGGAAACGUGUGGGUUAUUCUGGUUUUGUCUGUGGUUUUUGUUUUUUGUUUUUGUGUCUUAUUUUGUUUGUUUGUCUCUGUCUGGCUUUUUCUUUUUGUUUCUCUCUCUCUCUCUCUCUCUCUCUCUCUCUCUCUCUCUCUCUCUCUCUCUCUCU